UCCAGGAUCAGCAGUGUGUGUAACCUGCAGGAUGUUGAUGAAGGUGUGUUGUGUGGUGCUGGUGGCUGUAUCUCCCAUCAUCACUCAAGCAGUCACCUUGGAUGCAUAUUUCAAGGUGUUGGAGUUGAUAGCCAAGAAGCGAGACAUAUGGAGAAAAAUAUUCUUGGGUAAUGAUAUAGGAUUUGAUGUGUCACCAUGGUUGUUUAAUGACAGAGUGAAGCCACCAUACGUGCCCAUAGUCACCACCUUUCCCAGGUUCCCACUUCAUGGUCACUACCAUAAUGAGCGUCCUCCGCUGCCUCAUAUCCUGCCUCCACAACCCCUGCCGGAGGGAGGGCAAGGGUAGGCCUACCCACGCCCCACCUCUACAACAUCUGGGGGGGGAGGGAAGUAGGCCAACCCACGCCCCACCUCUACAGCACCUGGUGAGGGAGGGCAGUAGGCCUACAUUCUACCACCAAGCAAACCUCAAAUGUGAUGGGAAG